UUAAACCGUUAUUUUUAUCAAUUAUUCACGUUGCUUGUGUUUUUUUUUCUUAUUUUCCUUUUGUUGAUUCUUGUUACAAAUGAAAAUUAUUACGUGCAGCGAAAUUACUUCUCACCUGUAAUUAUUUCCGAGAAUCGGGUGACGUUGAUAGCUCUGUUUUUCUCCUCAACCUCAAUGUUGAAAGCAUGAUUCAUGCGUACUAUCGAAAUUAGAGUUGAAAAAAUUACUUCUCUCUAAAACCUUUUAGUUGAUCAUUAUUUUUAUUUUUUUUUUUUGCAAUGGACGCGUCGCAGCAAGCUUCCUCGCCUCAGCAUCAAGUUUUUGAAAACAUUCCUUUGCAUAAUGUGGAGUCGCAUUGGGAGACAUUGUUUCAUCAGUUUGAUAGAAAUGGUGAUGGAAGAAUUUCGGUUCAGUUUUUGAAUAAUGAAUUGAAGAAACAUAAUCAAGGUGUUCCCGAUUAUGUUGUCAAACGUAUCGUUUUGCUCGCCGAUCGUGAUCGCGAUAGCUAUAUUACACUGCAAGAAUUCUUACAGUUGGUUGAAAGUCCUCAUGCUCAACCAUUACUUAAAGUUUCCCUACAACGAUAUAUUCAAACAUUUGUUCCUCGACAACGACGAGUUCAAGAAGCUGUGGAUGGUUCUUAUGAGCAAGAGUACACCUGUGACCCUCCAGCUUUGACAAUGGUUAUUUGUAGCAUUAUUGAGAUAUUUUUCUAUAUGUAUGAUACAAUUGUAGCUGCCAAUCCAUUAGCAACUAACGCACCAUUUUUUAAUUUAUUUGUUUACAACCCACACAGAAGAGCUGAAGUGUGGAGAUUUCUCACGUACAUGUUUAUUCAUGGAAGUGAGAGCCAUUUAAUCGUAAAUUUGAUCGUUCAGAUUUUAUUGGGUAUUCCGUUGGAAAUGGUGCAUCGAUGGUGGAGAGUUUUUUUGAUAUAUAUAGCCGGUGUAAUUAGUGGUUCAUUGUUUACAUCUGUCGCAGAUCCUAGAGUGUAUCUCGCUGGAGCUUCCGGUGGAUGUUAUGCGUUAUUAGCCGCUCAUAUAGCCACAAUUAUCAUGAACUGGACAGAAAUGGAUCACCCUGUAUUACAACUGUUGAUUUUUGUAACAUUGAUAACUUUCGAUUUUGGAAAUUCGAUUUACGAUCGUUAUAUAGAGAAAAGAGAAACUAAAACUGCGUAUGCUGCGCAUAUUGCUGGAGCAGCUGCUGGUUUCUUAGUUGGCGUUUACUUGUUGAGAAAUUUGAAAGUUCAUGAUUGGGAAAAAACUUUAUGGUGGAUUUCUGUUUUCAUUUUCAAUGCAUUUAUUAUUAUAGUUAUAUUUUGGAAUAUUUUCUUCCCGUCCUAUUUUCCUCCUGCAAGUGUUUCUUUGUUUUAAAUUAUUUUUGACCGUUCAUUGUUGAUUAGAGUAAAUCUAGAUUUUUUAUUUUGUCGAUACGAAAUGAUCCAUAAUAUUUUCGCCAUGAAACUGAAAUCUGUCUAAAAUUUAUCAACGCCUAAAAAAUUGAAAUUUUAGUCUUUUACAUAGGUAUCAUAUUUGAUUUGAUCGCUUCCUUUUGUAGGAUUUAUGAAACGUAUUUUGAAACUCGAAUUUUUUUAUUCCGGUACAUUUUUCUAGUCUCAUGUAAUUUAUGAAGACUUGCUUCAUUGUUGAAUGUAAGCGUUUUUUAAAUUAAUGCCGAAUUUUUAAAAUUGUAAUCCCAUUAUUUGUAUAGAUGUUUAUAAUGGUGUUAUCAUUUUGUUGUUGUUGUUUUUUUAAACGAAAUGAGAUUAUUAAUUAUUCUACCUAUUUGACAAAGUUUCAGUAUUGUGAUUUUUUGUGAUGUAUUUUCAUCUUUCAUGCAAAGUUGUGUACUUUUUUUAAAAAUAGGCUUAGAAAAAAAACUUAACAGGGUAAUAGUAACUUUGCGUUGUGCCUUUUACUUGUUUCAAUCGCAUUUCUCCAAGCGUUGCCUUAUUUUUUUACAUCGUUGAUCUCGCAUAUUUCAUUUUUAUUGCUUUUUAUGUGUGUGUUUUUUUAAAAUGAACUACAAUAUUUUGAAUGACCGCUUUUAAUGAUUGCAUUUUUUAUUUUUAAAAUACCCCUUUGUUGAUUGUUAUUUUACUCAAUUGCAUUUAAUAUUUUAUUUAUUUACUUAUGGUACAAAUCAUUCAGGUAAUAUUAUAUUGGUGCAUUUUGAAUCAUUUUAUUUUAUAUGUAUUCGUAAUGAAUUUAACGUUUGUUUCCAACAUUUGCUCAUAAUUAUAUCAUGAAACCUCAUUUUUAUUUUGAAAGAGCUUAAUACUUUUUAUGUACGUAAUUAUGUCUCGUACAAAUUUUAUUAAAUUCGCCACUAUUUUUUUUUGAAUUUUUAUUAAGUACAUACAUAUAUGUAUAUUUUAUAUUUUAUGUGAAUACUUCAAAUAUUUUUGCAAUUUUUAUUGUUUUCGAAAUUAUUUACACAGUAGAAAUAUAAGCUCAUUUAUUGAA